UGCACUGUGAAUUAACUGAAUGUAAUCUUCUGGAAGUGUUUCUUGAGAUGAGAUUGUCACAGCUAUGUAUUUGGUCAUUUAGAGUGUCAAUGUAACUAAUGUGUGUCUUCCUUGUAGCAGCUUGUUCACUACAAUUGUACGCUGACUUGUUGACCUUGACAAAAGAACAUGUCAAAGACGUGUGACCAGCAGACUUCAGGAGGACUAACAGACAAACUGAUCAUUGUGGCACUCGAGGAAGCCACAGCUUCAGCUUUGCAGAACUACAGUGGCAACAGAGAUGCAGUGUAACUGUAACUCUUCGAUAGGAUCCCUCUCGUCCCCGUAUUGGAGCAGAACAGUGCUGUUCCCUGAUUGGGCGUACAAGCCCGCGUGGUCCCCAGGCUCCAGGCAGGUGCAGCUGUGGCACUUCCUGCUUGAGCUCCUGGGGAGGGGCGAGGGCGGGGCCAUUGGAUGGGGCGGGGAGUGGGGCGAGUUCGUCAUCCGUGACCCGGAGAAACUGGCCCGACUGUGGGGGGAAAGGAAGGGCAAACCUCACAUGAACUAUGACAAACUGAGCAGGGCACUGAGAUACUACUACAAUAAAAGGAUCCUCCAUAAGACCAAAGGAAAGAGAUUCACCUACAAGUUCAACUUCAGCAAACUGAUUCUGGUUAACUACCCAGGAUACCCGCCUUGCCACCAGCUGGUCCAGAGAGACCCUCUCCCAUUCCCCCUGUUUCCCUCGAAGGGCGGGGUCCCUCUAUGUGGAGGGGGAGGCGCUGCUUUGGACAGAGCUAUCCAGCCAGUUCCCCAACCUCUCCUGCUGCCAUACUGCCUCCCAAAACCAAUCCCAUUUCCACAGUCACAUCCUCUACCAGGACACUUCCCCUUCCUAUCAGUCCCGCCUCCUCCUGGUACUAACAUAAGGGAGAUAUCAGGUCACCCCCCAGCCACUGCUCCCCUCAAUGUCAAUCAAAAUAGCUGGCCAAUCAAGACUGGAAUAGAGUGGAGCUUGAACAAUGUAAACAGAAGUUUGUUUGUUGGAGGGAAAGAGAAAGGGGCUGGAAGUAAAGGAAUGCAGAGGAAAGACAAAAAUAUUGUAGAAUAAGUGACUCGUGAGAGCUGAAUAUUAGAAUGUCAUAUGCCUCUGGUAAUAGCUACAGUAUUGGAAGUAGUUUGUGGUGUGGUUCUACUUGGAACAUGGUAUAUUUUAAUUGUCUGAGUGGUUGUACUAAAGAAAAUAUCAGAAGGCUUGAAUAUUGCAUUGUUUGGUCAAUGCAAGCUUAAUUGUUUUGUGUAUGCACUUCAAAUAAUGAAGAAA